AUGACCAGGGCGCAGCUGACGCGGACGGGGAUCCUGCGGAUGGCGCUGGGCGGCGGCGUCGCGGACCCGCUGCUGCCGGCGGAGGGCGGCGGGAGCCGGCGGGCGCCCUUCCUGCUGCGGGCCCUGCGCAUCGCCGUGGUGGUCUGCCUCUACUGGUUCACCUCCAUCGCCAUGGUCUUCCUCAACAAGUACCUGCUGGACAGCCCCUCGCUGCGCCUCGACGCCCCCCUCUUCGUCACCUUCUUCCAGUGCGCCCUGACGGCCGCCCUCUGCCUGGGCCUCAGCCUGGGGGCGGCCUGCGGGCCCCCCUGCCCCGGCCUGCCCGCCCUCCGCCUCGACCCCAAGGUGUCCCGCAGCGUCCUGCCCCUCUCCGCCAUCUUCAUUGGCAUGGUCACCUCCAACAACCUCUGCCUCAAGCACGUCGGUGUGGCCUUCUACAACGUGGGGCGCUCCCUCACCACCGUCUUCAACGUGCUGCUCUCCUACCUGCUCCUCAAGCAGACCACCUCCCUCUACGCCCUCCUGGCCUGCGGAGUCAUCAUAGGUGGCUUCUGGCUGGGUGUUGACCAGGAAGGAGCAGAGGGCACUCUGUCAUGGACAGGUAUAUUCUUUGGGAUCUUAGCAAGCCUGUGUGUCUCACUCAAUGCCAUCUACACUAAGAAGGUGCUGCCUGUGGUGGAUGGUAGCAUCUGGCGCCUGACCUUCUACAACAACGUCAAUGCUUGUGUCCUGUUCUUCCCCCUCAUGAUGCUGCUGGGCGAGUUCCGCACCCUCUACCACUUCGACAAGCUGGGGAGCCCCAGUUUUUGGGGCAUGAUGAUGCUGGGGGGAGUGUUUGGCUUUGCUAUUGGGUAUGUGACUGGACUUCAGAUUAAGUUCACUAGCCCACUCACCCACAAUGUGUCCGGGACAGCCAAGGCCUGUGCCCAAACAGUGCUGGCUGUUAUCUACUUCGAGGAGACAAAGAGCUUCUUGUGGUGGACGAGUAACUUGAUGGUUCUUGGGGGCUCCUUUGCCUACACGUGGGUGAAAGGGCUGGAGAUGAGAAAGGUGCAAGAGGAUCCUAAUGUCAAAAGCAGCGAAAGAAAUGAGACUGGUGUGUAGGCAGCUCCUACACUUCCGUUUCUGUGCGCGGGGGGUUAACCUUUGGUGCUCCUUUCCUCCUGGGGAGAAGAAGAGCAAGGAGCAGGAAAAAAUUCACCUGCAAAGCAUAUGGGAAACUAUGUCAGGAACCAGAGCCAAAGACCUGACUGGAUCAUGUUUUAUCUACGGGAUCUCACCCUGUAUGGGAGUUGGGGAGAGCAUGUGUUGUAGAAAGCAAUCAUUUUUUUUUGUGAUCGUUUUUUAAAAUGGAUGUUGCUAUUGACCUAA